UCACGAUCGUGAGCGCCAAAGGCCAGUCGGGCCGCUGUUGCGACUGGCUCCAGUACUAGUACGGCACGUGAACUCGCGAGAAUAAAACUGGGGUUUCCCCGACAUUUAUCCUGUCAACGUGGCAGGCGACGACGACGACGAAAACCGUUCUCUUCAAACCAACCACACAUGUGUGUGACUCAUUGAGUACAAUAAUUUGUCGUGUAGGAGCUGUUCACACCGUGACCACGAACUUCUUCUCCCGUCGACGUGAAUGUCCAGCUUGGCACCUGAGGAAUCGAAUAGUACCAGUGACAUGCGUUUCUACGUCCUCGGGCUCGGGCCCAUCGGCUGCCUCCUCGCACACAACUUGCGAUCAGUUCUUCCACGCACGCACCCAGUCACUCUCAUCCAAAAGACUGCCAAGCAGGCGUGGACACCGCAGAAUGCAGCUGCAAAAAUAACAAUUGAAAAUCAAGGAAUCCGGCAGUCCACAGACGGUUUCGAUAUCGAGGUGUUCGACAAGCAUAGCGGAGCAGGUGGUGGAGUGCGCUUCAACCCCAAGCUUUCAAAGGAACAGAGUGCCGGGUUCACCCCCAGCCAUGAAGAUUUACGCACAGAACCCAUCGAAACAUUAUUCAUAACCACCAAAGCACAUAGCACUGCGCCUGCACUGUCACGUCUAGCUCCACGCCUCACCUCUGGUAGUACCAUCGUGCUCUUACAAAAUGGCAUGGGAUUAUAUGAAGACCUCGUCGAGCGAAUAUUCCGCAACCCGGAAAGCAGACCGCACUUUAUCUUGGCAUCAAAUACCCACGGGGCGUGGCUCAAGUCAGCCUUCCAUGUAGUUCACGCGGGAAUCGGAGACAUCACAUUUGGGAUCGUCCCGGAUAGCCGCAAGCGCGAUUUUGAAGCAACCAUGGCAGAUGAAAGCAAGCCGGUGUAUGAGAGAUCACUCAGUUUGGACGACAUCACACGUCCGGAUGAUCCUUCAUUCGACCAGUACCGCAGCCUACGACACACAGUAGCCGUACUACAAUCUCUCGAUGCUCUUGGGUGCAAAUGGAGUCCUAUUGCAGACGUCCAACUCGCGAUGCGCAGGAAACUCGUCGUGAACGCCAUCGUGAAUCCGCUGACGGCCGUUCUAGGCUGCCGGAAUGGCGGUCUAUUCAAGGACGACUCGUCACAGAAUAUGAUGCGCAGCGUCUGCGAAGAAGCCGCUACUGCUUUCCGUGCACAGAUUGAAGCGGACACGCAAUCAUGGCUCGAUUCUCUACCUCCCAGCGUGGAUAAGAGCCAGGUGCCGGUAGGGCGUGUCCCAAAAGAACUGGGAGCAGAUGCUCUUGAACGCGAAGUCCUGCGCGUAACACACGUAACAAGAGGCAACAUGUCAUCUAUGCUCUCCGACGUCAGGAAGAACAACCCAACGGAAAUCGACUUCCUAAACGGCUACUUAGUCAGGCUAGGGGAACAAUAUAAUAUUCCUAUGCCAGUCAAUAGGGCCCUUGUUCAAUUGGUCAAGAUGCGGUGCUCGAUACCCAUCGAUCAGACGUUUUAGACUCGAGUAUUUUGAGUUGAGUCAUUUGUGUAUAUACCCAGCCGACGGUGGACAAGGGUCCCCGACAAGCUAUCAAGUCGGUACAAACGCUGCAUCGCCAGACAGUUUGACGGCUCCGACCUACCGUGGCAUCCGAGGAUAGAAGUCCCUACAAUCAAGAUAUUCUCAUUGAUCAAGGCAUGUCAAUCACGUCUGGACUCGGUACGAUGUGUGUAUUAUAAAUGACUGGUACAUGAGGCGUGU